AUGUCGGCGAUGAUCACGGCGCACUCGUCGUCGCGUAUCGCAUACGAUUACCAGAUAAACGAGCUGAAGGACGGCCUUCGGGACACCGAUCUCAGCGAUCACCAAAUGAACAAGAUGUGGGACUACGUGUGCGAGCUAUGGAACCGGCAGCAGGGGAGACAGAUGCCGGAGUUGGUCUACCAGCUGCCAUUUCGUCUACGCUGCCAGGUGAUGCAGGCGGUCUACGGAUGCCACAUACGGGAGUCCGUCAUAUUCAGCAGGACGGAUGACGACUUCAAGCGGAUGUUGGUCAUGUGGAUGAGGCACUGCGUGUUCUUCCCCGGCAAUUACAUCGUCCAGAGGGGCGACUCUGACCAGUGCAUCUACUUCAUACACAGGGGCGAAGUUGAAGUGUUGACUGUGCACCAGAAUUUGACAGAGUCAAUAUACGACAUUCUGGGUCCCGAAGAUAGUUUUGGAAUAGCGCAGGGUUUGUUCGUUGGUGUGCAGCAUCAUUUCUCGUUCCGUGCGCGCACCGUGGUGGACGUGGUCUAUUUAAAGCUAGAUGAGUGGAAGUAUUUGCUCGAUUUUUAUCCGAAAUCGGCCAAACUCGUGAGGAAAAAAGUGGAGAAUGUUUACUUAGCGAUU